AUGCGCGCAGCAUGCUGGACAUGCCGCAGUCGCACUAUCAGAUGUGACCAAACCAGCAUCCCUUGCGCCAAGUGCGAGAAAGCUGAGUUGGAAUGCUUUGAACAAAGACCGCUUCGAUGGGUCAAAGGUAUAGCAAUUCGGGGUAAAAUGCGCGGACGUAUUCUUGGAGAGAAUCUCAAAACAUCCAGUGAAAAUCCACCUCCGCAACUAGAAAGGGAACAAGUCAUACAUUCCCGCGCGAAGUCUUUGAUAACAAAUAUUACUCCCUCGUUUGCCUUGCAAGACCCUUGCAUACACGAUCUCGACCGGUCAUCGAGAUUCUAUCUUGAUUAUUGUGGGUUUAUAUCGAGCUUAAUAUCUGCGUGGACAAAAGAUAACAUACGCAUCGCCAAGUUGUUCAUUCUAUAUGACAGUGAGAGCAACCCGUUUAGAAGGUUACUCACUUAUGCUAUGGAUAAUUCAACCUUGCAAAAGUGCAUAAUUGCCGUUGCUGCACGGCACUUUGCUAAUACAGGCCAGUCAUUCGACCAGGGCGAUGACGCUUUGUCCCCUCGAUUUGUCAAUGCCAAUUUGGAUGCACUCCAUUUCAAAAAGCAAACUAUCAAGGCAUUAUCAUUGUCAUUGUCCCAUCCAGAGUCUUCACAGAAUGACGCGAUAAUGACAACCAUUCUCCUUCUAAUUUUUCUUGAUCUCCUCGAGUCUGGCAUCGAAGGUUGGAAAUAUCAUCUCCAUGGUGCAGAAGGCCUCGUCAAUCUUUCUCACUCGCUGCUGGGGCCUAGUACUAGUGCAUAUGUCAACAACGACCCUGGAGAGACAAUAGAGGAGACAAGGCGAUUCCUCGCCCGACAGUUUUCGCUUAUCUCAACCUUCGGAGGUGCACUAUCAGGUCCAAAGUCGAGGCCAGGGUUUUGUAUCGACCUUGAAGAAAGCAGGCAUCAAGAGUCCAUUAUUAGGAGCUUUCUGGGAUGUCCUGUAUUCCUUCUAGGAGCUAUUCGUUAUUUCUCCAACCAAAGACACGUGGUUGAGACGAUACACAUGCAUGAUGACCACUCGAUUCAUCAGCAUGUACGAGAUACCGUUACUAUGCUUGAGCUGACAGCAAACUUUGAUUGUCUGGAAUGGGCGUCAAACUCCGUUCAGUCUAGAGUAUCCUCAGCAGCGGAGAUUCUGAAGCUUUCUUUGCUAUCGCAAGCAUACAGAACUGCCACCAUGCUCUAUGGAAAACGAGUCCUUCGUGCUUUCAAGACAUCCACUGGGACCACAGCAUCUGACAAUAAGGAGUUGGUCUGCCGAUUACUCGACGUAAUUGACUCUCUCAAAUGCGACCCGGCUUUGUUCAAGUGCCUACUAUGGCCAACCUUCAUUGCCGGUCUCGAAUGCCAGACUCAUAGUGACCAAAAGGAGGUGGUCAUUGGAUUUCUAAAGAUGCUUUGGAACCUGACCUGUUGUUUGAAUGUGAUAAGCGCUUCAAAAAUUCUGCAGGAUAAUUGGAAGCGAAAGCAUUUCGAUGGCAAUUUGGAGUCGGGGGAAUCAGAAUUAUAUGUAAUAGAACAAGGCUGGCUGCUUAUUUGAUCUAUGGUAUUGCUUUCACGGAAGAUUUGCAAUGAAUACAAAGUCUGGUUUGGACCCCCACGGAAGCCCAUCAUAAAAAGCAAAAGGGUCAACAGAGUAGUUGCAAAGCCACCAAAUCCUAGUGAAGUCUAAAAAUCAAUGACAAUAUAUCUGGCCCAAAUAUACAAGAUAAAAUAUCAAAUUGGUGCUUAUGGGUUGGCGAAAGUACUGUUAGCCAUUAAAGACCAAAAAUUCUUUC